CCCAACUUCCAAUUCCUCAUUCAGCCUUCGCCUCUCACUCUGUCUCGCAGCCUCUCGCCGCUCUCGGCCGUCUCUGUCUCGGUGUCUCUCGACUGUCACUCGUCUCCGUCUCUGUCUCAGUGUCUCUCAGUCGUCUCGCACCAGACUCCUCUUCGUAAUCUUCUACCAGAUGUCGUAUGGCAAAUCAUCCAUGAAAAUUACCUGUGAUGAAGGCAAGAAUAGGAGGCCCUAUCCCCUCGAAGUGAUCAAUUGGAGGUGACAAGAAACCGCAUACCGUCAUACACUUGUUUGAUCUAGCAGGAGGAAGGCUAAGCCCUAAGGUGGCUCAGCCCCCUAGUGACUCUGUUUCGAGCCUCAAUUUCAGCCCGAAGGCCAAUUACCUGGUUGCUACUUCCUGGGAUAACCAGGUACGAUGUUGGGAGAUAAUGCAGAGUGGGACUGUUGUAGGCAGUACACCCAAGGCUUCAAUAUCUCAUGACCAUCCGGUUUUGUGCUCGGCUUGGAAAGAUGAUGGAACAGCUGUUUUUUCUGGAGGCUGUGAUAAGCAAGCAAAAAUGUGGCCUUUGUCUGGUGGUCAGCCAGUGACUGUGGCCAUGCAUGAUGCGCCCAUCAAAGAUAUUGCUUGGAUCCCAGAGAUGAGCCUUUUAGUCACAGGAAGUUGGGACAAAACCCUAAAGUACUGGGAUACUAGGCAGUCAAAUCCUGUGCAUACGCAACAACUCCCUGACCGCUGUUAUGCACUAACAGUGAGGCAUCCUCUGAUGGUUGUUGGCACUGCAGAUAGAAAUUUGAUAGUCUUUAACUUGCAGAACCCACAGACUGAGUACAAGAGAAUCACUUCACCUUUAAAGUAUCAGACAAGAUGUGUUGCUGCCUUUCCUGAUCAACAAGGUUUCUUGAUUGGCUCGAUAGAGGGAAGGGUCGGUGUACACCACCUUGACGAUUCACAGCAGAGUAAAAACUUUACUUUCAAAUGCCACAGAGAUAACAAUGAGAUUUACUCUGUCAACUCUCUAAAUUUCCAUCCAGUGCAGCACACUUUUGCAACUGCAGGAUCUGAUGGUGCUUUUAAUUUCUGGGAUAAAGACAGUAAACAGAGACUUAAGGCAAUGGCAAGGUGCAGUCAACCCAUACCCUGCAGUACUUUCAACAACGAUGGUUCACUAUUUGCAUACACGACGUGCUACGACUGGAGUAAGGGUGCAGAAAAUCACAAUCCAGCAACAGCGAAGACAUACAUUUUCCUGCAUCUGCCACAGGAGGCCGAGGUUAAAAGCAAGCCACGAGUUGGAACUGGUAGAAAGUGAAGCUGCUUUACCAGAUAGUGGCUGUACAAAAAUUUAGUCAGUCUUUUUUGUCUUUUUUGGUUUUGUCAGUGAUUCACAAUCGUUUUUUUUUUUUGGUGCAUCUGAGUAAUAUUUUUGUUAACUAAACCUACUUGCUCAAGAUCCUUGUGAGAUCAAUUUGGGAUUUUAUGAUUA